GUAGAUUUUCACGGUGCUUUUCGCCGAUCGAACCCGUCGACGGGGAGAUCCGAUCUCGGAAAGUGGAGGACGGUCCUGAAAGGCGAGGGAAAUUUCGCAAAGGGGAGGGACUCCACCCGCGCGUUCGGAAAAUCCCUCGCGGAACCGAAUCGCAGAUUUCGGAAACGUUUCCCUCCAAGACCCGCAAUUCCCACGAUUCGGAGGUGGCGGCCUUUCGAAUCGUGUAUUUGACGGGGCGAAGUUCGGCCUGGGGGGAACGAGACAAGUGCGAGCGCGCGUCCUGUUUUACCGACGCGUCGGUAAGGGAGGGACUCGCUCUAGAGAGGCGGGUGGAAGGCAUCGACCGGAUCUUCGAUUAUGACUCGCCGAGGGAUGCGAAGGGUGCCCGGGAGACAAGAUUAACGAGACCGGCAGUCUUCGGCGAGGAGAAGUAAUCCGAAGAGUGCACCUACGCCCUUUACAGAAGACGACCCUUUUCCACGGGGGAAGGUGAACCGAUCGAUCGAAAUCCAAGACCCUGGCAGCAUGUCUCUGGAAACAAACGGAAGCCGCGCACUGUUCCAGAUCGACAAAUCGCUUUAGAGCCGCCCGUAGAUAAGAGGAACGGAGCCGCAAUCAUGGCGCAUUUUUUCAAAGACUAAAUUCUCGCCGGAAUUAAAAGAUGACCGGAAGUCUGUCGGAGCUGGACCAGGGACCUCCCACCAGGGGAGGCAGGGGGAAACACACGGUCCAUUGGUUUCGAAAAGGGCUGCGAUUACACGACAACCCUUCCUUAAGGGAUGGCCUCCUCGGCGCGUCCACCUUCAGAUGCGUCUUCGUCCUGGAUCCCUGGUUCGCAGGGAGCACGAACGUCGGCAUCAACAAGUGGAGAUUCCUUCUGCAGUGCCUCGAGGACCUGGACUGCUCGCUGAGGAAGCUUAAUUCCCGCCUCUUCGUGAUACGUGGCCAGCCGGCCGAUGCCUUGCCAAAACUCUUCAAAGAGUGGGGCACCACGAAUUUAACCUUCGAGGAGGAUCCCGAGCCUUUCGGACGAGUCCGGGACCACAACAUCUCCACCCUCUGCAAGGAACUCGGCAUUUCCGUGGUGCAGAGGGUAUCGCACACCCUCUACAAACUGGACAAGAUCAUUGACAGAAACGGGGGCCAGUCGCCGUUGACUUACCACCAGUUUCAGAACAUCGUGGCCAGCAUGGAGCCUCCGGAACCGCCGGUACCGACCGUAACCAGCGCGUGCAUCGGCGGUGCAUAUACCCCCCUAGAAGACGACCACGACGACGUUUACGGGGUCCCCACUUUAGAGGAAUUAGGUUUCUCGCGCCCCGGCGCUACGGGUGCCCAGUGGAACGACAAGAAGUCGAGAUGUCGGCCCGAUGGACGUUCCCAUUAUAAAAGGCGUUUUCCAGGCUUCGACACGGAAGGGUUGCUUCCGCCCGUUUGGGUCGGCGGGGAGAGCGAAGCUCUGGCGAGGCUGGAACGUCAUCUCGAGAGGAAAGCCUGGGUGGCAAGCUUUGGCAGACCGAAGAUGACACCGCAGUCCCUGCUGCCGAGCCAGACCGGCCUCUCGCCCUUCCUCCGAUUCGGGUGUCUCAGCACUAGGUUGUUUUACUACCAGUUGACGGAUCUGUACAAAAAGAUAAAGAAGACCGCGCCUCCACUGUCGCUCCAUGGGCAGCUUCUAUGGCGGGAGUUCUUCUACUGCGCCGCGACGAAGAAUCCGAAUUUCGAUCGGAUGCAGGGCAACCCGAUUUGCGUGCAAAUACCCUGGGACAAGAACGGCGAGGCCCUGGCCAAGUGGGCAAACGGCCAGACGGGGUUUCCAUGGAUCGACGCGAUAAUGACGCAGCUCAGGGAGGAGGGCUGGAUCCAUCCCCUGGCCAGACACGCCGUGGCUUGCUUCUUGACCAGGGGGGACCUUUGGAUCUCCUGGGAGGAAGGAAUGAAGGUUUUUGACGAACUUCUCUUCGACGCCGAUUGGUCCGUCAAUGCCGGCAUGUGGAUGUGGCUGUCCUGCAGCUCGUUCUUUCAACAGUUCUUCCAUUGCUACUGUCCGGUCCGCUUUGGUCGGAAAGCAGACCCUAAUGGCGAUUACAUUCGGCGUUACCUACCGGUGCUGAAGAAUUUCCCGACUCGGUACAUCCACGAGCCCUGGAAUGCACCAUUGAGCGUGCAGCGCACCGCUAAGUGCAUCAUAGGGAAGGAAUACUCCAGGCCCAUGGUGAAUCACAGCAAAACCUCCAGAAUUAACAUCGAGCGCAUGAAGCAAGUCUACCAACAGCUGAACAAGUAUCGCGGAACUGAAGGACCCGCAAAGGGGACGGCAGAUGCCGGUCUUACUUCCUGAAGCGCAUCUUUCCUCGAGGGGGUGCAGCCACCCGGAGGGGAACCAGGAAGAGUCCCCGACGAGUCUGGAAGCCAGCUGGAAGGUGGACGGUAACGCAACGUGUCGAUAACGCCCAGAAAAUCGGCACUUAUCGAACAUUCGAUUUCGAUCGCAACUUCGGCUGGAUUUUGGCGAGGGCGGGUGUAUUAUUUAAUUCCUAUUUUAUAUAAAAAUAAACGAGAGGCCGAGAAGUUCGAUCGACUCUGCAGGAAGGGGUGUGAAGGAGUAAUUAAGAAAUCGGUGAUAACUGAUGAUAGGAGUGAUAUUAAAAUAAGGCGGGAAAUGACAAUGAAAAGUGCAGUGAACGAUCGCCAGGACUUGGCAGCCGGUCAAGAGGUGUAACGAAGGAGCCCAAAUGGUUUCAUGUCAACAAAUGAUAUAUUUUUAGUGCCUA